AUAAUUCAACAACAACUUGCCAAGUUGCAAAACAACCAAUAACUCUUCAGCUCAAGCACUCUGCAAUCAUCAAUCAUCAAUCGAUUAACAGCAGACCGCUCUACCUAGAGAUUAUGGAAAGAUCAAGAGCAAUUUACGAGAAGGAUAUCAAUGAUCUUGAAGCAACUGAACUAAGAUUAGGUUUGCCUGGGAUAAUAAAUGAAUCAGCAGAGAAACAAUCUUCUACCUCAACUAGUACUAAAAAUAUCAAAAAAAGACCCUCAUCUAGUGUAAACGAAAAUGAACAACAAGACUCAGCCCCUGCUCCAAAAGCACAAGUUGUUGGUUGGCCACCAGUUCGAUCUUACAGGAAAAAUCAUGUGUUACAAGUGAAGAAACCAGAAUCUGAUAAUUCCUCAGGGAUGUACUUAAAAGUUAGCAUGGAUGGAGCACCUUACUUGAGGAAAAUUGACCUUAAGGUUUACGAAAGUUAUCCAGAGUUACUCAAGGCAUUACAAAACAUGUUCAAAUGCACAAUUGGAGUAUACUCAGAAAGAGAAGGAUACAAUGGAUCUGAUUAUGCACCAACAUAUGAAGACAAGGAUGGUGACUGGAUGCUAGUUGGAGAUGUACCAUGGGAAAUGUUCAUUAAUUCUUGCAAAAGGCUUAGAAUUAUCAAAGGAUCUGAAGCUAAGGGUUUGGCAUGCCUAUAGAAACAUGGAAAUAUAUAAACAUACAUACAAAUCUACUAGAGAUGAACAAAGGAAAGACAAGGCUGAGGAUUUUGUUCUCUCUAUGAUUUCAGUUUUGUAAUGCUAGCUGAUCUUGUUGAGUUGCAUGGUAUAGAUCUAGAUCUACUUGUACAAAAAUACUUUCUGAUGAAUUUGCUCAUGCGUAUUUAUUUACCAGUGAAGAAUACAAAAUUUUAGCACAA